CGGAUCUAGGUUUCCAUUUCGCACACAAGUGAGCCGAGCAUAGAACAUGUCUGACCUCCAUCCCAUAUAAACCAAACGCCGCCAAUAAGCUGCACUCUGAUUCCCCGCUCUUUGGUUCAACCCAGCCGUAAUCGUUAUUCCUCCGGUCGCCGUCAUCACCGUAUCGCGAAGUGGAGGCUGCUUCCAUAUAAAUCGCCGGGUUUGGAUCUUUUCUAGGACACUCGCCGGCUGCUCCGAUCUCUUUCCCCCUUGCCGCUCCGCUCGAAGGUUUUUGAGAUUUUACCGCGCUUUCCGGUAUUCUCUGAAAGUGCUUGGUGAUUUCUAGGGCUUUACAUGGCAACAGAGGAUGUUGUGGGAAAGAGCACGGGGGAGACCGCUGUGACGACGAUCGUGAACCUGGCGGAGGAGGCGAAGCUUGCGAGGGAAGGAGUUAAGGCCCCGAGCCACGCGAUCCUGAGCGUCUGCAAAUCGCUUGUGGCUGGAGGUGUCGCCGGAGGAGUAUCAAGGACUGCUGUUGCUCCACUUGAGAGGCUUAAAAUUUUACUACAGGUUCAAAAUUCUCUCAACAUCAAGUAUAAUGGAACAAUUCAAGGCUUGAAAUAUAUUUGGAGAACCGAGGGUGUCCGUGGCUUAUUUAAAGGAAAUGGUACAAACUGUGCACGUAUUAUUCCAAAUUCAGCUGUAAAGUUCUUCAGCUAUGAGCAGGCAUCCAGAGGGAUUCUGUGGCUUUACCGGCAGCAAACUGGCAACGAGGAUGCACAACUUACUCCUGUAUUGCGCCUUGGUGCUGGAGCAUGUGCUGGGAUUAUUGCUAUGUCUGCCACUUAUCCGAUGGACAUGGUCAGAGGCAGGAUCACAGUCCAGACUGAGAAAUCCCCUUACCACUAUCGGGGGAUGUUCCAUGCAUUAGGAACAGUCUAUAAGGAAGAGGGCUUCCGAGCACUGUACAAGGGCUGGCUUCCGUCUGUCAUAGGAGUUAUUCCAUAUGUCGGUCUCAACUUCGCUGUAUAUGAAUCUCUGAAGGAAUGGUUAGUUGCUUCUAAGCCAUUUGGCCUUGCUGAUGAUGAAGAGCUUGGUGUGGUUACAAAGCUCGCAUGUGGAGCUGCUGCUGGAACAGUUGGCCAAACUGUAGCUUACCCACUGGAUGUCAUUCGCAGAAGAAUGCAGAUGGUGGGUUGGAAGGAUGCUGCUUAUAUUGUAAGAGGUGAUGGAAGGACUAAAGGACCACUGGAAUACUCUGGAAUGAUUGAUGCUUUCAGGAAAACAGUUCGCCACGAGGGCUUCAAAGCUCUGUACAAGGGCCUCGUUCCAAACUCUGUGAAGGUGGUGCCAUCAAUUGCUAUAGCCUUCGUGACAUAUGAGGUCGUGAAGGAUGUUCUUGGUGUUGAAAUGAGAAUUUCAGACUGAGAUUGGGGUUGUGUAUUAACUGCUACUACGUUAAAAGACGGGAGUCUCUUAUUUUUGUUGGCGGAUGACUCUUUGGGGCUAAGGUGGAGUUGUCGUCUUUCAAAUAGCUUUGUUGAUAUCACAAUUUAUUGUAAUUAGAUAUCCAGAGCUUCAAAUUUUCCAUCUUUGACCUGAAGAAAUAAAUAUUAAAUUCUGUAGAAUGCAGAUAAGGGUGAAUUUAUGUACAUUCCUCACAUCCCUAACUCUGUUUAUUCUGUUUUUUAUAUGUUGCUGUUUCAUGCCAAUUAUAUAUUAGGAUUGCUGCUGCUGCUGCAUGACAAUGCCCGGAUGUGAGAUCCGACUUGAAAUCUAAUACUUCUUUUUGUGCAAA